AUGUUCGGAAGAAAUUCGGUGAGUGUUCUGAUUUUUUGACCUGCAAAGUGCAACAUUAUCAUUUUUCAAUUGAUAAAAACUCUAAUAUUACAACUCUUUGUUCUAUACAUGUGCAAAAAACGAAGGUCAUAUGACUGUUUUUUUUCGAAAUAUUUUUUCAAAAGUUUUACAUAAAUUAUUUCAGAAAAAUAAAAUGGCAACGCAAAAUUUGGUCGAAUCAUCAUCUUCAUCUCCAGAAUAUAUUGAAAAACAAGAAAAACUUCGAAAUAUAUUGACAAAAGAAUUAGAAACAGUUGUGAAAGCCGCAAUUUCUUCACCAUAUUCAAGUAGAGAAAAUAUUCCUAGCGAAAUAACUCAAAAUAUAUGCAAUGCGAUUGAAGCAAUAUUUAUUCAUGGAUUGAGAGAUCCAUUUUUCCUCAAAGGAACUCGUUAUUCAAAAUAUCCAGAACCUAAUUUUUGGCCUUUUGUUUCGAAAUAUUCACAUAGAAAUGUAACAAAACAAAUUAAUUCAUUAAAUCAAAUAAACAAUGAAAUUGGAAAAGGCCGAGCUUGGAUUCGAAUUGUUCUCAACGAAAAUUCCCUCAGUCAAUAUCUCGAUCUUCUUGCAUCUGAAAAAUCAGCAAUAAAUCAAUUCUACGGAAAUUAUGCAUUUCUUCGAUAUCUCAGUGAUAAUGAAUAUUCGGAACAAAUUCGGGGAAUUCUAAAACCACUAACAACAAUUCCUAUUUAUGCCGCCACAAAUUCUUCCUUUCUAAAUCGAUGGACACCGACUCCUUUAAUUCUAGCUGGUUUAUCAUCUGGUGAUCCAUUAAAAGGUAUUUUUGUGUUGAAUUAUUGUUUCGAAAUUGUUUUUUUUUCAGUUGGAGCUUUGGCACCAAGACGAAAUCCACGAGCAGACAGUGUGAGUGAAGAGAUUGCUGUAAGUGCAUUGGAUAUGUUAGUUCCUGAAGAAGAUCAUGAUAUUGGAUCGCCUAAUCGAUUAACAAAAAGAAGAAGACAAUACAGCAAAACUUAUACUAAUAGUUAGUUUUAUUUGAAUUUGAGAAUCUCAGGAUAUAGAUCAAGUCAAUUUUUUUAGAAUCGGAAGAAGAUGAAACAUCAUCUGUUUACUCGCAUCCUUCAAUGUUGGAUGCUGGUGAAAUGUCAUAUCAACACGCACUUUUAUCUCGCAAACAUCCAUCUUCAUCAACAUUUCGUCCUUCUUCAUCUUCUCAUCGAAUUCAGCUUCCACAAUCGCCUCUUUUUACUUCAACACCAAUUGAAAAAACAAUUCUGGAUAAUGUGGCUCCUCCAACAACUUCUGGACCAGUUAAUGUUGUAUCAUAUCAAACAUCUCAAGCUCAAUUACCUGAAAACUAUGCAGUAAGUUUUUUGUUGUGAAUUUAUUUUUCAUAUAUUUUUGUUUCAGCCGAUUGUCGUUUCUCGUUUAACAAAAAGACCUCGAAAAAACACAAAAUCUCGAAGUUCAAGCGAAUCAACAUCAAGAGAUGGAAAAUCACGAGCUAACAGUGAUAUGCCUUCAACAAUUUUUGGAACUGUUCCAAAUGACGUGGCAUUCAGUAUAGAAAAUACACCGAUUCAUGUUUCCGAAACAGUUGAUAGUGGAAUUUGUGAAAGUAGUGAGGAUAAAAAAUAUGAAGAUGAAAAAAAGAAUGAGGAAGAGGAGGAGAAAAAUGAACAAUCAACUACAACAUUUCUUGAAGCAAUUGAACAAUUAAAUGCAAUUUCACAACAAAAAAUUGACGAUUCUGAACAACAAAAUGAAGUUGAACCAGAAAAAAGUGAAGAAUCGAAAGAAAUUGAAGUAGACGUUUUCGAAGGUAUUUUUUAAAUUAGUCAAAAACUUUUUUACACAAGCUAGGAGUUUGCUCAAAUAUUCGAAAAGAUAUACAGUUUUAGAAUCUCAAAUUGUUAGAAUGUUUCCCUUUCCGAAUUAUGUGAAAUUAAUCUGAUUUGAAGAAUAUGACUAUGGCUCUUUAUUUGUUUUCACUGAAAAUUUCACUUUAUUUUUUCAGUUGAACUGGAAACUGUUGAAGUGAAGGACAAUUCGAAAAUGGAAGAAAACGAAACACAAAAAAAUAUUGAAGAAGAGGAAGAUUCGAUGCUUGAACCACAGGUUUGUUAUUUUUAUGGGGAGAAAAAAUUGAAAAUUAAAAUUAUUUUUGAAUUCUCGCAAGUCCCAUGUUUUUUUUCAAUUCAAAUAGUUCUAUCUGAUUUUUUAAUCUUUCAAUAAAAAAAAUAGUUUUUUCCAAGACGCUUUGCAAAAAAUCUAAAAUCAAAAAAUUCACAUGACUUUUUGUGGUGUUCUUAUUUCUUGAUAGCUUAUUGUUAGUGAUAAGAGACAUUGCUGUCUAUUCAAUUAUUCUUCUAAUUUUGAUUGAAUUUCUCGAAUUUCAUCUUCAUUUUUUUUCUUGUCAAAAAAAUGAAAUCAAUCGAUUCUAAUAAUAAUCGAAGAAUUUCGAUUUGUUUGGAAAGAUGUCGAUAUUUUACAAUCCUCUCGAUUUUCGAAUCGACGAAGAAGUAGUACUGUAAUUGAAGUAGUUUACGAAGUAAAUGAAACAUUUUUCCGGAAAUUUCUGAAUUCGACACUUAAAUUUAUGCGAAUUAUAAAACGUCGUGAUUCUGCCGAAAAAAUUGGAAUAUUUAAAGAAUUAGUAAGUUGGGAAAUAUAACUAAUUCACACCUUUUUUUAAUAAAAAAUUAAAUACUGAACUCGACUGUAAUCUUCUGAAAAUCAAUUUCUGAAAUUUCUUUUAUACUUUCAAAAAUGUUUUUUUUCGUUUCGAUAAAUUCCUUUUCUAAAAUAUGUGCUCUAAUUCUUUUCAUUCGACUGUAUUUUUCUGACAUGUCGCAGAUCUGGUAUUUAUUAUAACUGACCUCGUCAGCUCUUUUAUCUUCCCAUGUUUUCCAUGUGACAAUCACAUGAGAAGGGGUAAAUAACUUGUUGUAUGCAUAAAACGUACCACCACCCAAAUAAUAUUUCGUCACUUUUCUAUGACACACACAAAUUGUUUUCUUCAAAAAUAUUUAUUAUAAAUAAUUAUGUUCUCGUGUGUUAAAGUGGGUUAAUUUCCAGAAAAAAAUUGAUUUUUAUUUUUUGAUAAUUUUUUUUUAUUUUUUAGAGACAAUCAAUACUUGGUACAUCGCUUCAUGAUGAAUUACUCAAUGCAUUGCCUUCUGUCGAACAAGAAACUUUUGAACAAGGAAUUCCAAUUUAUGUUCAAUCACCGCAUGUGAUGGGAAAUAGUUUGCAAGCAAUUGGAGCUCGAAAUCAUAUUGGAUCAUGGGAUACAAUGUCAGAAAGAUCAUCUUCAGAUUCUUGUGGACCAAUCAUGAGUUUUGGACAAGCUUUAAGAUCUGCAAUGGAUAAUCGAAUUGAUGAUCAUUUUGAUGAAUCCGGUUGUACUUCUCCACAUAAUACUGAUUAUGAUGAAUCGAUUUGUGAAUCAUCGAAUUGUUCAAGAAAACCAUCAACAAUUACAUCGGAAAUCGAAGAAAAACUAUGUACAAUUGCAAGAGAACGAGGAUUGGAUUCUCAAGAUUUUCGAUGUGCGAUGUGUACAAGAACAAUUGGAGGAUCUACGUUUUCAAAGUUCGAGUGA